AUGAUGAUAAUUAUAACAAUAGUAAAUAUCGAGGAAUUUUUGGCGGUAUCGCAGUCGUCCUCAGACGCGGAAGAUAAUUAUUCACAAAAUCUUCUUGGUGUCGCGUACAAAACUUCGGUUAAUGAAUCAAAAGAAGUGCGAGAUCGUGAUGGAAAAUAUGUCUGUACAAAAUGUGGCAAAUCUUAUAUCGCUGCGACAUCUCUGAGUCGGCACAAACGUCUCGAGUGUGGCGUCGAUCCAUCUGAGAAAUGUCACAUUUGUAACAGACGAUUCAGACACAAAUUUGUUCUUACUGCUCAUAGACAAAAUUCAUUUAGAAUUGAUGCGGUCUGGAGCAUGAACCAUCAAAUAUUCAUAUCAUCGGAACGAGGAAUAGAGCAAAUCAAUCAAACGACCGCGGGAAAUCAAUCAGCUUCAAUGAUACCGGUUCAUAGUUACGAAACACGUAACGUUAAGAAACGAACCGUCAGUGGUUCAAACCCGCUAACGUCCGUUAUGCCCCAUGUUUGCGAAAAAUGUAACAAAGGAUUUCGGCACCGCAGUCACAUGCGACGUCAUCAACUUCUGUGCGGAAAUGCACUGAGACCUUACUCUUUUUACAAUUUGGACCCAUUUGCUGUAAGUUAUGCGACGACAUCCCAAUGGUUUGAACCUCCAAUGGUGAAUGAAAAAAAUUUGACGUGUCAUUUGUGCCAAAAAAACUUUCUGUCACAGAAAACUCUGCUGAAACAUAUUAACUCGAUGUGCGGUACCAAUAACACCCAAACAUAUGAAUGUGAAAAAUGCGGUAAACUAUUUGGCAGGCGCGAUAAUAUGAAACGUCAUUAUGAUUUGUGUGGAACUUCAAUGUUCACUGAUUGGAGUAUAAAGAAAGAGCAUGUGGAAGAUGAUACUGAGUAUUCGAGCGAGCUGGGAAAUCAGUCAAUAAGUUUGGAGAAAAAGCGACGUGGGCGAAAGUGCAAAUUGAGCUUAAAUUUUAUUUGCAAUGCAUGUGGUAACAAAUACGCGCGAUUAAGUUGCUUGAGACGGCAUCACAAAGAGUGCUUUCAAGAACCGACACUUCAGUAUACUAAAAUAUACAGAAGACAAAGAAUUAACGAGAUGAACUACUUUCUGUACCCGGAGUUGAAUUACCAGAGCAACGACAUCGAGAUGCUGCAAGCCAAUGACGCGAUAAGUAUUCUGAGGAGAGACCAGAAGCUAAGACUGCACUUUUGCAGCGGGUGCGGAAGAUCUUACACGAGAGUGGACAGUUUGAAAAGGCACCAGCUCAAGUGCAGCGAGUACUUGACCAGUUCGUUGCAGGACAACUUGCCCGGGCGCAACGACGACCGGGAAUAUUUUUGCGAGAACUGCGGGAAGAGUUACAGAAGACGGGACACGUUGCAGAGACACCAGAGGCUCGUUUGCUAUCGCGACAGAGUUUUCGGUGAUAGAAAAAGAUGA